CCGCAGAAAAUCCCAUCAUUGCCGCAACCCUUUUUCCUCGUGCCACAUUUUACGUUUCUUUCCUCGUCGCAAAACCCCUUCGCGUCACCGCCAACAGCCUAUCUCAAUAUAUCGGCAGAUUUCCCGUCACAAUGGUCAGCCCGCAAGUCACCAACCUUGUCAUCAUGCUCGGCAUGAUGCAGGUUUCGCGCAAAAUCCCUUUCGAUGACCCCAACGUCCUCAACGGGUGUCGCGCCGCCUACCUUUUCAGCAAUUUCCUGAUUGCUCUAGUCUACAUCUACAUCCUGUCCAAGAUUAACGCGAAAAAGGGGGCGAGCUACUACACGCAGAGAGAGGCGACUAACAGAUGGUACAACGGAACAGACAUGACAACGCUCAAAUACGUCGAGCCUCCUGCCAUGGGCUCCUCCGAGGAGCCCAAGCUUGUGACGACGACGAUCCAUGCGUACGACUCGAGCCAGCUCAAGCAGCUGUUCCGCUCCCAGGCCAUGGGCGUUGCCAUGAUGGCCUUCAUGCACCUGUACAUGAAGUACACCAACCCUCUCCUCGUCCAGUCCAUCAUCCCGCUCAAGAGCGCCCUCGAGAGCAACCUGGCCAAGAUCUACAUCUGGGGCCAGCCCGCCUCCGGCGAACUCAAGCGGCCCUUCAAGGCCGGCGGUGGCUUCAUGAGCGGUCUCCAGAGCGGUCCUGCCCAGAGCGAUAAGAAGACAGUCGAGGCAGCCGAGCGUGCCGGCCGUGGUGGUGCCAAGGAGGAGUAA